GGUUUCCUAUUUCCAAACCUGAUGUGAUCUUGCAGCUGGAAUGAGGGGAAGAACCAUGGAUCUGAGACCUCCAGAGCUCUGAGAAAGAAGUGCUCCUGAGAGCUGCCUUCACAGGCACAGGGAGUGACCUCUGUCUGGAUUCUCUCUGUCUCCCAUCCGGCGAUGGGAUGGUGAGUGAGAAUGAGGAGGAGAAACCCCAGCAGGAAGACACUGUGCAAGUAGAACUACCUUGGAUGUUAUCAGGAAGAUCCAAAGGGAAUGUUUCCACGAUUUGUGCACUCCCAGAAAACACACAAGCCUGUGAGACUCAGCAGAGGCCAGAGGAAAACUACAGUAGCCAUUCAGACCUUAUUCCACGCAACAGAAUCAACUUGGAAGAGACACGCUCCAUGUGCCAUGAGUGUGGGAAAAGCUUCAUUCAGCGCUCAGACCUUAUCAGACAUCAGAGAAUCCACACGGGGGCGCUGCCCUUCGCAUGCGCUGAUUGCGGGAAAAGCGGCAAUCGGAGCUCUCACCUUAUCAGACAUCAGAGAAUCCACAUACGGGAUAUGCCCUAUACGUGCUCUGAGUGCGGGAAAAGCUUCAAUCAGAGCUCUGUCCUGAGCGCACACAGGAGAAUCCACACAGGGGAGAUGCCCUACACAUGCCCUGAGUGUGGGAAAAGCUUCAAUCACAGCUCAAACUUUAUUAGACAUCACAAAAUCCACAUGAGAAUGAACUGUUAUAAAUCCCUGGACUAG